ACGUGUGACAUUUAACGUCAAUGUUAUCAAUAAUCAAAUAAAGUGGUGUGUUUGUGAUUUUUCAUUUUAAAAAUAAUUUUAUAAUACUUAGAUUACGCGUAUAUGGUUGCGUAACACAAGAAUAUUGGAUUAUUACGAGUAUAUAGUAUUAUUCUGCGUAGAACGAAAUAUCUUACUACAUAUUUAAGUUCCACUAUGCCUAAUAACUAUGACACUAUCGUGGUUGGUCUCGGUUCGGCUGGCGUGACAGCUGCUUCUACCCUCGCGAAUGCCGGCAGGAGGGUCCUUGCCCUUGAGGCUCAAGACCGGAUUGGAGGGAGAGUUAUGACCGUCCCAUUCGGUGAUGGCGUUGUCGAAGUUGGGGCUGAAUGGAUACAUGGAACGGAAGGAAGUCGCGUCUACCAGACGGCUAUUCAGAACAACGUUUCGGUCUUACCCCAGGACCUGAGCUUCCAGGUGUACAUGUCUGACGGGAGCCUCGGUAACAAGGAGCUCGUUAACGAGCUCAUAGAGUUCUGCUUACAAACCGUGGAGAAACCGCCGGAGAAGCCCGAGCCCCUCGGAAAGUUUAUUACUAGACAAUUAAUGAAAUAUAUAAAUGAUAAACAUCCAGAACUGUUGAACGAAAAGGAUUUCAUCGCAGAGUUCCUGGAAAUGAUGAACCUGUUAAUCAACAACUACGAGGCGUCGAACGAUUGGAAUGACGUCAGCGUGCAGACGAACUACGAGGAACUCGCUGGGCAUCAGCACACUAGCUGGCACAGACACGGCUACAAAACCUUCUUUGAAAUUCUCUUAAAUACGUACAACAACGGCACAGGCUUACCAACGUUAGACAUCGAAUUAAACAAGGAGGUAACAUUAAUAAAAUGGCCGAAAAACACAACUGGCAAAGUCCAAGUUGUAUGUAAAGAUGGCGACGUUUAUACAGCAAGUAAUGUUAUAGUUACCGUUUCGCUUGGGGUCUUGAAAGAAAGACAUUCACAUCUUUUCUUACCGUCAUUGCCGCAGGAAAAAAUUACUAUAAUAGAGAAGAUGUCGAUAGGUGUUAUGGACAAAGUGAUAUUGAAUUUCGAGAAGCAAUGGUUACCCAACGGUUCCUUCUUCGGGUUCAUCUGGAAGGGGGAGGAUAAGAAGAAACUAAGUAACGAUGAUUACUGGACGACGAGGAUUUUCGGGGUCUCGACACCCAUGGGUUCGAAAACUGCUCUGACUUUUUGGACGAGCGGCGAUGUCGGUAAAAUGGUAGAAACGUUACCUGAAGACGUUGUGAAGAGGAAAGUGAUGGAGCUCCUGAGGAAGUUCAUGGGGAAAAAUAUGACGAUACCGGAACCAACAGAUAUGAUAAGAUCGACAUGGUUUUCAAAUCCAUUCACGAGAGGCAGUUACACUCACGAUAAUCUUCUCAUGCACGAGUAUCCGAACGCGAGGGCCAUCCUCGGGGAACCCCUCGUCGACGAUUCGGGGGCUCCCAAAGUAUUGUUCGCGGGUGAAGCGACAGAUUUGACGCAUUUCUCAACCGUCCACGGAGCUAGCGACUCGGGUUUCAGGGAAGCAAUGAGGCUCUUGCCUAGUAGUAAGGUUUAAAAAUAUAUUUUUAUAUAUCGAAAAUACAGUCAAAAUAUGUUAUAACGACAUCGGAGGGAUUCUUGAUUUAUGUUUUGUUUUAUAUCGUUUAUUAAGCGUAAAAAACAUAUUCUAUCAGCUUCAUUCAGAUCGGAGGGAUAUAAGUCGUAAAAACCGAAUAAAAAAAAUACUAAAUCCAUGCGUUUUUUAUCUUUAAUAUAAUCCUGUAUUGAGUGAUAUGCCUUAUUUAUCAAGGUUUUUUUGACAUGUCUGUGAAUAUUAAAAAUUAAUCGGCUCCAUAGUUUCGCCUAAUGCGUAGCAUUUCGCUCGCAACUAGGCCUGGGGGCCUAAGCGAUGUCGUCGGAAACGGUUAUGACUGUAUUUUUUUGUUUUUUACUACCGUAUAUAUUUUUCAAACUCAAACUCCAAUUCCUUUAGUCAAUACAGAAGCAUUACACUUACUUAUUGGUAGUCAAAUGAAACGCUUUGGUAGUGUUUGGUGUCGUUUGGUUCGGCAAAGGAACACCCUGACGUGAGAAGAUCCGGGCGAAAGGAACUCAUUACGAUUAUACGUACUUAUGUUAAUCUGGAAUCUGUGUCAAAAAUGUUACAUUUAAACGUUGCACACAGUUUUGACGUAGGCUAUUUGACUGGUUUGUAAAAUCCAUUUUAUAUUAUUUAGUAGAGGUUAAGGAACCCAGUAAAAGUUGUGUUUUUUUAAUUCUAGUACAUAUUUGCUGAAAAAUAUCAAAUUAAAAAAUCCAUAUUUAAAUAGCGCGCGAAAACGCUACUUUGACAAUAUGGCGCUGCAAUGGGGUCGGUGACGUCACUUGCCUGUAUUGUAAUCUGUGGCACAUAUAAUC